AUUUCUCACUUUCUAAGCUGUAAUAACUUGUUUUUCCCCCUUUGAGAACAAAUCAAAAAAAGAAAACGAAAAUAGAGAGACUUGGAACCUAACAUAUGGCGUAUAGGAGAAGGCAGGGGAUCGGAAAGUUUGCCACUUUCAGUGAGGAGAUUGAUCAGCUUCCACCGGAGAGAAUCUCCGCCGUCAAAGACAGAUCACCGCCAGCUCGAUCCUUCACAGCGCCUUCAUCCUUCCGUGACCGUGAGUCCCCUGCUUUUGACCAACCCAGAUCUAAGAAUUUUGCGGCAUACGCGACCGAGCCAAAGGGCUUGUGGGGAGUCAUAGCCCAGAAAGCAAAAUCUGUUAUUGAAGAUGAUAAAUCUAAUGAUACCUCAACAGCUUCUCAGUCCCGGUUCUCAUACCUAUCAGAUGAAGGGUUCAAGAAAAUGGAUAAUCCCAAGCUUCGGAGAGGGCUGGAUAAGCUUACAUCUUCUCUUAAUCAGAUCGGCGACACUUUUGAGAAAGCCUUUGAGGAAGGCCGAACACUCGUUGAGAACAAAACAGCUGAUAUCAUCCAGGAAACACGAAAACUUCAAACCAGACGAAGAGGAACUGGUGGUGAAGAUGAGAAUCAGAACCAAUCUUAUGGAGUAAGUAGCUCAUGGAAAAAGUCUCCCGAGCAGCCAAUGCAGUUAAAUCAUAUGGAACAUGAAACUCAACUCAAGGCAUCUCGCGAUGUGGCAAUGGCCACCGCUGCUAAAGCAAAACUCCUCCUCCGCGAGCUGAAAACUGUGAAAGCAGAUCUUGCAUUUGCGAAAGAGCGUUGCACUCAGCUUGAAGAAGAGAACAAACACCUGAGGGAGAAUCACCGUGAGAAAGGAAACAACCCGGCAGACGAAGAUUUGAUUCGGCUCCAGCUGGAGAGUCUACUAGCAGAGAAAGCAAGGUUGGCUCAUGAAAACUCGAUUUAUGCGAGGGAGAACCGGUUCUUGAGGGAGAUAGUAGAAUACCACCAGCUCACGAUGCAGGACGUUGUGUACAUAGAUGAGGGCAGUGAAGAGGUCACACAUGUUUACCCUUUCGUAUCUGCUACGAUGGCUUCUUCACCUGCUGAGCGCAGCCAGUCUCCGACACAACAAGAGGUGAUUAAAGAGAUUUUUGUAGUCGCUGAAGACAACACUAUAUGUGAAACUGAAAGUGUGGUUUCAGCUACUUGAUUUAUUGACAUUAUUUAUUUGUUUUUGUCUUGCUCGUGCA